UAUAUGAAAAACUGUUCAGAAAAUACGAAUAUUCUGAUCUCAAGGAAGAAGAAGGGGUAAAAGUAAUUCUUCGCAGUUACUUUAUCAGUCAUAUACGUCUCGGUUCUCCCAUAGAAAUGAUCAACAUCGAGACUCAGUAUUUUAAUCUGCAUAAAAUUCUUCUGCUCGCUGUUGGUUUAUGGCCUUAUAAACAAUCACACCUAGCUCGACUUCAAUUUAUUUUCUUAUCUAGUAUUUUGACGACAUACCUUAUAUUUCAGUGUACGAUGUUUCUUUCACAAAGAUGUACUCCGGAUUUCAUUAUAAAAGUUCUAUCUUCCGUAUUCGUCUUUGCUAUGUGUGUGAUAAAAUACAACAUGUUCUGUGUUAAAGCUAUGAAGGAUCUAUUGGAGCAAUUACUGCAUGUAUAUAAUGAAAUAAAAGAUGAAAAUGAAAUUGCUAUUAUACACAAAUAUGGAUAUAAUGGCAAACGUUUUACCAUUGCAAUUACAGUACUUGCCGCUAUCAGUACAAUAGCUUUUAUCGUUGCAUCAUUUUGGUCGAAUAUUUUGAACAUUAUUUUACCAACAAACACAUCGAGAGCACAUCACUUACUUAUCAAAACAGAGUAUUUGAUCGACCAAGAAAAAUACUUUUAUUUGAUACUACUGCACGCCAUUGUAUCAUUUUGCAUCGGAGGAAUUGCUGCAUUGGCGAUAGGAACAAUAUUGUUUACGUACCUUCAACAUGUUUGUGGAAUGUUUAAAAUUGCCAGUUAUCGUAUCGAACGUGCAAUGAGCAUCGACAUGUUACGAAAUAUCAAUCUUAGAAAAAGCAUUUUAAUAUUUAGGGGUUUAAUUUAUGCUGUGGAUAUUCAUCGAAAAGCUAUGAAAUUAUCAAAACACGUUCAAUAUAGUUGUGAAAAAAUGAUGAGCUGUUUAAUAGCAUUUGGAGUAAUCUCGGUGAGCCUCAAUCUGUUUCGCAUUGCUUCAUUUGAUGAGGAACUUAUAUUCCCCUUCCUAUUUACAUCUCUCGCUAUCAUGUACAUGUUUUUAGCCAAUUAUAUUGGUCAACUUAUAACGAAUCACAAUCAUCACAUAUUUGUUACUGCGUAUAAUGUUCAAUGGUAUAUAGCUCCAUUGUAUAUACAGAAAAUCAUAUUAUUUCUGUUACAAAGAGAUUCGAAAAACUUUACUUUGAGCGUCGGUGGACUCUUUGUUGCAUCUAUAGAGUGUUUUGCUACGCUAGCGAAGACUUCCGUAUCUUAUUUUACAGUUAUAUAUUCUACACGAUGA